CUUGAACUCACGAAUUGCGAAAUUGUGACCUGAGUCGAACUCGGACGCUCAACCUACUGAGUUACCCGGGCGCCCCAGUACUCCAAAAUAUUCUUUAAGGUGGAAAGUGUUCACACAUUUUGAAGACUCCGUCUAAAUUUACUCUGUGAUCCAUUCCAUGAAUUCCUUUAUGGCCCUUCCUGUCAUCACAGAUCCAGGGUGGAUUCUUAUCUUUUCCUCCACCAUUUGCCCUCUUCUCAUUUCGCAAAUGUGUUAAAGGAGUCCCGCCUUUGCUUGCACCUGGGACCAUGACCCUGUGUUCAUGAGAGCACGGGGUUCCUGUUCUCCUACAGCCGUUGUUCAGUGAGGCCCCUCACAGAGCUAAUUUUGCUGCUUGUUUGUUUUAGUCUGUAUUAUGCGUACUUCACCUUAGUGAUUGUAACCUGUUACUGCAUGUUUUCUUAUCAGAAUAUGUGCUCCUUGAAUACAAGAACAGUUUUAUUAAUCUUAGCAUUUCUAAGAAUUGGAACAGUUCCGGGUACAUUGUGGGAUUCGGUGAUUUUUACAUUAAUAAUACCCUGAAGCAAUGGCAUAGUGUUUGUUAGAUUUCUCGUCUUCCCUCAAAGCCUAAAGCCAAACACACCUUCUGCAGACUAUUUUGGUAAUCAUGAGAAUGAUGGGUUCCCAUACAGCUUUUCCAUGUCACCCACUUCUGAACAUUUCAGAUUGAACAGAAAUUCCAGGGAUCAGUAUCAUUUAAGGAUGUGACCGUGGGCUUCACCCAGGAGGAGUGGCAGUGCUUGGACUCAAGUCAGAGGUCCCUGUACAGGGACGUGAUGCUGGAGAACUACAGCCACCUUGUCUCAGUGGGGUCCUGUGCUACCAAACCAGAGGUGAUCUUCAGGCUGGAGCAAGGAGAGGAGCCAUGGAUAUCGGAGGAAGAAUUCCCAAGCCAGAGCCUCCCAGAAGUCUGGGAAACUGAUCACAAGAAAGGAAGGAGGCAAGAAAACCAGCGUAAACCUAUGUGGGAAGUUGCAUUCAUCAGUAAGAAAACGCCGACCAAGGAACGAGGUAAUGUAAUAGGAAAACCAUUUAACCUGGACACAAAUUCAUUUCCUUCCAGAGAAAGCCUCUGUCAGUGUGACUCAUAUGGAGUGAGUUUCAGCUGUAUUUCUGAAUUGUGUAUCAAUAAGAAAAGACGUUUGGGAAAAAAGACUGGUGAAUUUAGUGCCUAUGGAAAAUUGCUACUCAGUAUUAAACACGGCAAAACUCCUACUAGCGAGAAAAGUGAAUUUUUUAAACAUGGGGAAACUUUCAGUCAGGAUGAGGACCCUGUUGAUCAUGAGAAGAUUCAAAGUGCAGAGCAAAAUUUCGAAUAUUACAUGUAUCAAGAAACCUUCCCCGAAAAGGCAACAUUGAGUACGUACAAGAGAGAGAUCACUGAAGAGAAUCACUCUGAAUGUAUUGAAUAUGGGAGAACCUUCUUUCCUAACUCCUCUUUCCUGUUACAUCACAUGAAUGCCUCCGAAGAGAAUCACUGUGGACUGCGUGGUUGUGGGAAAUCGUUAUGUGUGAAGUCUACCCUUUUGAAACCUCAUGGGGCACGUAUGAAACCCUCGGAGUGUAGUGAGAGUGGGGAUCAUUUCCGGGGGGAUUUAUGCCUUCCACAACUUCAGAAAACUCAUAAAGGAGAGAAACACUUUGAAUGCAAUGAAUGUGGGAAAGCGUUUUGGCAUAAGUCCCACCUCACUCGACAUCAGAGGAUACACACGGGAGAGAAACGCUUUCAGUGUGAUGAAUGUGGAAAAACUUUCUGGGAGAAGUCAGACCUCACGAAACAUCAGAGAUCACACACGGGGGAGAGGCCCUAUGUGUGCAACGAAUGUGGUAAAGCCUUCAGCCACAAGUCAGCCCUCACGAUACACCAGAGAAUACAUACAGGGGAGAAACCCUAUCAGUGUAGCGCAUGUGGGAAAACUUUUUACCAGAAGACAGACCUCACCAAACACCAGAGAACACACACAGGGUUGAAACCCUAUGAAUGCUAUGAAUGUGGCAAAUCUUUCUGUAUGAAUUCACACCUUACAGUGCAUCAGAGAACUCAUACAGGGGAGAAACCAUUUGAAUGUCCUGACUGUGGGAAAUCUUUCUGUCGGAAGGCAUAUCUUACACAACAUCAGAAAACCCACGUAAAGGAUAAGCCCUACAAAUGUAAUGCAUGCGGGAAAAGUUUCUACCACAAGUCAGUUCUCACCAGGCAUCAGAAAAUUCAUACAGAGUUAAAACCUUAUGAAUGUUGCGAAUGUGGGAAAACGUGUUUGAAGUCUGACCACAUAGUGCAUCAGAGAAACACAGGGGAGAAACCCUUUGUGUGUCCUGAAUGUGGGAAAUCCUUCAGCCGUAAAUCUACCCUCUCUCAGCAUCACAGGACACAUACAGGGGAGAAACCGUUCGAGUGUCAUGAAUGUGGAAAAAUCUUCUAUAAUAAAUCGUCCCUACAUAAACAUACUAGGAUACACACAGGGGAGAAACCCUACGGAUGUAACGAAUGUGGGAAAACUUUCUGCCAGAAGUCUCAGCUCACUUAUCACCAGAGAAUCCACAUAGGUGACAAACCUUACGAGUGUAACCAAUGUGGAAAGGCUUUCUGUUAUAAGUCAGCUCUAAUUGUGCACCAGAGAACUCAUACAAAAGAAAAGCCCUAUAAAUGUAAUGAAUGUGGGAAGUCUUUCUGUGUCAAGUCAGGACUUACUUUACAUCAGAGAAAACACACAGGGGAGAAACCCUACGAAUGUAAUGAAUGUGGAAAAUCUUUUGUCCAGAAGUCUAGGCUCACUCAGCACCAGAGAAUGCACAUAGGAGAGCAACCCUAUGAAUGUAAUGAAUGUCGAAGGGCUUUCUGUGAUAAAUCAGCUCUAAGUGUGCACCAGAGAAUUCAUACAGAAGAAAAACCCUAUAAAUGUAAUGAAUGUGGGAAAUCUUUCUAUUUGAAGUCAGGACUUCUUAUACAUCAGAGAAAACACACAGGGGAAAAACCCUACAAAUGUAACCAAUGUGGGAAAUCCUUCAUUCACAGAUCUUCUCUCACAGUGCAUUAUAGGGUUCACACAGGGGAGAAAUCUUGUCAGUGUAAUGAAUGUGGGAAAAUUUUUUACCGUAAAUCAAACCUUGUUAACCAUCAGAGGUCACACACAGGCGAGAAGCCCUAUGAAUGUAACACAUGUGGAAAACCCUUCUCUCAGAAGUCAAACCUCAUUGUACAUCAGAGAACACACACGCAAGAGAAACCUUCGGAUUGCAGUGGGUCUUAGGAAUGUUGAGGUGUGGUUCAGCAGUCGCUCCGCUUCAGAGAACUCACGUUGUAGAGGAAGCAAUGUUGAUGUCCUGAAUGUUGAAUAACUUUCGUCCACAAACUGGCCUUAUUUUACCCCGAAGUAGACUGCAACACAUAAAGGACAGUCUUGUUAAGGAACAUUCCUUUGAAUGUCCCUAGCAAAUGCGGGCAUAGAACCUUGAAGAUGUUUUGAUUUUAUAAGAUUUGUUUUUAGCUAAAAUACAAAGUAGGUUAUGUUAAUUUCUAUUAAGGAGAAAUCUUUCAAUUUGAGACAAAGAGCUUGAAGAUUGUCUUUAGAGGUAAUAUAAUAUUGGAAGUUGUGUUUUGGUUUUGAUGCCUUAUUACUUUAGGCAACAUAAGAAGUUGUAAUUUUUAGAGGAAUAUUGUGCAGUGUACAACAAAAAAAUGUAAAAUGAAACAAUAAACUGAAAACAAGUAAUUAGUAGUAUGUAUUAGUAGUAAUACGUAACAUGCUCACGUGCCCUUCCCUGAGCUUUAGCUAAAGAUAUCUUACAUGACCGUGGUAUAUUCUAGAGCAGAAAUAUGGACGAUACCCUAAUACUCACUUACAUUCACAUGUCAGUAGUUUUUAUAUGCACUAUGUGUAUGUGAAGUUUUAUGAAAUGUUCUUGCUUAUAGUUUAAGUAUCAGUUAACACCGGUUACAAAAUCAAAAGGGAAUCUGUAAUCUGUCCUAAUUGCAUUGGGAUUACAAAGCAAUCAGGAUUUCACCACAGGAAGUUCUGAUGUGUUAAUAACCGUAUCAUUUCGGCGACCUUAAUCUUGGCAGUUCAUGUGAAUAUGAAGCUUAUAAAAAGGAGAGAUAAAUUUAAUAAUUACGGCAACCCUGUUAAAUGAUUCUGUGAAGUGUCCCUUAAGCUUACAGGACUCCUGUAUCUUCAAAUGCUACCUUCUGUAACCUGUGUGUUUCAUAUUCCUAGUGGAAGUUGAUAUCAUUGGGAAUUGAAUAUAGACACUCCUAGUUCAGCAGUUGUUUCAAUAUCAGGCACACCUCCCAUGUAUGUAGCAACCUGGAGGAAUGUCUUGAAAGGAAGCCCAGAAAGCUAAUAGGUAACCAUUUAAAAUAUAUAAAUCGAAAUAACAAAAUGGUAAGUGUGUUCUGUGCAGAGGGAUAUCUAGUCUGUAAUCUCAUUUUCCCCUUUCAAGCCGUGGGGUUCCUUGAGUGUACAUAUGUGAAUCCUCCAGCCCUCAGCCUCAGUUGUACAAACCCCUGGAAGUAACUGCCCUCUAAGGCGAAGUUCAAAAUAGAAGCCACAGACAGACUAUAUGACACUUAGGGUCGUAAACUAGGCUGUAAAUUCAAGGGUCCAGUGUGCCCAGAAACAGAUCUGGGCCCUUGGAGAUUUUUGAUUAUAUGAGAGGGUAGGUUGAGACUGGAGCAAAGCCAGAGGAAGCUCAGAGUGAGGCUUUUAUGGACCGACAGAGGGUAAAGAUGAUAUAAUACAUUUCAAGCUCCGAUUUAAAAAUCA